AUGACAGACAUCGACAUGGCAAGAAGAAAUAAGAAGCCAAGAUUACUGCUCGAGUCUGAGAGGGCACGCCUGGAAGAGUUCAUCGACUCAAUUGGGUACUCUGCAAGAUAUUCCGACAGCGAAUACGAAUACCGACAUGUUCAACUUCCGAAAGCCAUGUUGAAGGUUAUCCCUAGAGAGUACUUCGAUGACUCAAAAGGCACAUUAAAGCUGCUCUGGGAAGAGGAGUGGAGGGGACUGGGCAUCACACAGAGUCUCGGAUGGGAACACUAUGAAGUUCACGAGCCGGAACCGCACAUCCUCCUGUUCAAACGUCCCAUCGGAUAUCAGGCUCCAGCUCAGUGA